UGAAUCUGUACAUUUAGAAACCCUUAACUCAACUUAAAACACGUUUGUUCGUAUUGUUAAAUCUAAUGAUUACUCACCAUUUCCUUUAGUCCUUCCAAUGUCUCACUCUAUGUCGCACUUCUCCAGAAACCCAUCUCAUCUGCGACAUCCAUCUCAACUAGGAUAUGAUAUGACGGAGGAUACCAACAUCGACGAGCAGCUUAGGGCCUUGCAGCCGUCGUCCCACACGGCCAUGGCCCCGAUAGUACCGUCAGAAGCGCUGGAACUGUCGGAUUCGCCCUCAGACUCGGCAUACGAGACGGCAGAGUCUCGACCUCGAACAGCAUCACCAGUGCCACGCAAGCCCAAACGAGUCCGAGUCAAGCCAGAGCCAGAGCUUCCCAUGUUCACAGUGGAAAAGCCGGAGCUGACAGCAGGAUACGUGAACAACAACAGGUUGUUUCGCGGAAACCCCAACUACGUGGAGUUCUACAAUAGGCAUGUGGAAGAGACAUUGAACCCGAUUCCGAACUCCAAGCGAGACAUGAGGCUCUUGGGGUCCAAGGUGACCAACGACGGCAUCAUCUACUACCACAGUUACACCAGCAAGCCUGGGAGCGUGUGGAGCGUUGUGGAAAAGGACAACUUCUUCCGAGCACUAGCGUUGUACUCCAUCCACCGGGUGGAUCUCAUCCAGGAACACGUUCCCACCAAGAGCCAGGCCGAGAUCUUGACAUACUACGACAUGCUCCGUCGUGAGCUCCACCACCGCAAGUACGGACGCAAUCGAGCACGCUAUUUCAAGUACAAGCAUCGCGGACGUAAGUCGAUCCGUCUCCCCAAGUACGCCCACGGGUUGCUCCGUUACGACGAAAUGCCCAUAGCCUACGAGAUGAGUGAGGAGUUCAUCAAGUUUGAGGAGGAGCAGAGCGAGCCUAUCUCGUUCAAAGAGCGCAUGAGGCUCAACGACACUGCCAGGCACUUCAACAAGAGCUGGCAUGCCUACACCAAGGUGCACGACGCGCAUCUCAUUGACCACCAGCACAUGGACGACAUCGCAGCCAAGGUGCACUGGCAGCAGAACGUGGUGGAUAGACAGGGGGGACCCAAACUGGCCCCCAAGCUCCACAUACGCUCGUUGGCAUUUUUCGAGGAAUUGGCCACUAUCGUCACUAAACGCAUCGUGUUGCGGGCCACCGAGCGCAAGAUGCUCCGUCUGACCGACUCCGUGUUGGUCACCCGCUCCGACAUCGUAGCAGCUGUCAAACUGCUCGGAUACGUCCAGCCGGAGCACAGGUUCAACUGGAACCGAUACUGGGCCGACGUGCACCGUCGUCUCAAGGUGAACGUAGUGGACGACAUGACCAACGGCAGGACCAUGCCUCCAGGCGAGGUGGAGCAGUACUUCUUGAACCACGCCAACUACGAGGCAAACUACUUUCCGUGGGUCAAACUCCAAAGCGACUGGGAGGUUUUUGGGCCAGGAUUCACAGUGGAAAAUCCGUUCUUGGGGCUGGCCCACGGGAUUUCAGCCGAGGCAAACGAAGCGAACAGCCCCACCGUCGUGGACGUCGACUCGUUGCACCGCAACCAGUUCAGGGCCCGUCAGCGCAAGGUGAUGGAUGCAUUAUCCGAGGGUCGCACCAAAGAGUACGAGAUGAUCCAGGAGCAUUUGAACCGCGAGGAGGAGCUACGUCUCGAGAAAAGCGACUACAACGAUUCACGCGUGCACGAGCGAGCGUUGGCCACCUACCUCAUGACCCACAACAACUUACACACCACGGGACGAGUGUAUACCGAAGAGGAGGCCGCGAUCGUGUUGGAGGUGUGGAGGCUCGAGGAGGAAGAAAGACAGUUCUACCUCGAGCAGACACGCAAGGAACAGGCCGAGUUGACUGCGCAGUACGAAGAUAUCCGCAGACAGGCAUUGGAGAGGGUGCAGCCCGGAAAAGAGACCGUGGAAGAGCCAGUUAUAGAGGCUAGCGAAUCGGAGCUGGACAUGAGCGAGUCAGAGCUGGACGCGAACGAGUCGGAGCUGGACACGAGCGGGUCGGAGCUAGAGGAGGCGCCGUUGGCAGCUGUCCAGGAGGACACGCCAGCCAUCAAGCUUUCGCGGGGAUUGGUCAACUACUUUAAACAUACAUUUGCCGACUACGGGGAGCCGGACCUCACGUGAAGUAUAGCGUGACAUCAAACUGGCAAAUAUGCCAUUGUCGCUACUUAUAGAUAUAGCCCACACACGUGGCACCCGUAUGUACGCCCGCAACGACCAUAAUUCAGGACCCUAGUCCCUGUAGACGCCGCAAAUAUCCUUACUACCAUACAUCUAUCAUUUCUGUCAGAACCCUGUCAUAUGUGCGUCAUGCAACCUAACGGCCAUGCCCACCCCGUCUAUUAUACGCACCUAGCGCAACCCGUAAAUCCCUACCCCUACUAUAUACUUAGCCCGAUGUAGACCCCAUCCAACGCCAUCACUCCAAUACAGCACGCAACUGCCAUGCCAUGCCC